AUGGCUAAAGACAAGAAAAAGGAGGUUGUCACUCAGGACCCUCGGUUUGCGAAAGUGUACAGUGACCCGAAGUUCAGACUCCCGAAACGCAAAGACCUGAAGGUUGCUGUGGACGAACGUUUUACAAAGGAGGAGUUGAAGCUGGGAAAGAAAAGGAAGCUAGACAAGUACGGACGUAAGAUAAAGGAGGACAAAAAGGACGAUUUUGAUAAAUUCUACAAGAGGGAGGGCGAACAAAGUGAAGAAGAAGAGAGUGAAAGCGAGAGCAAUAGUGAGAGCGAGCUAAGUGAGUCUGCAUCCCACAUUCUAGACAGAGCAAGAGGACUUGUGUCUGAAGAAUCAUCCUCUGACGAGAGCGACAGCGAGGACGGUAGCGAGCUUGUCAGCGAAGGAGAUAGCGAAGAGAUUCAACUUGAAGAUGAACCUCCAGAAGGAGAGCCAACGAGUACGUUUGCGGUCGUGAACCUUGAUUGGGAUCACAUAAAUUCCGCAGACCUUUUUGCUACCUUUAUGGGAUUUGUCCCCAAAGGAGGAAAAAUUCUUUCUGUGAGCAUAUAUCCCUCUGAGUAUGGAAAACAGCGCAUGCAGCAGGAACAGAUAGAAGGCCCUCCAAAGGAAUUAUUCAAGUCGAAGAAGGUGGAAAGCGAUUCGGACGACGAGGAGGACCUAGACCUGGCCAAAGCAGCUAAAAAGCUUUACACGGAAGACGACGGGAUCGAUUACAACUCUAAGGCUUUACGACUAUACCAACUUCAGCGACUCAGAUACUACUAUGCUAUCGUGAGGUGUGACAGUGUGCAAACAUCGCGUGCUAUCUAUGAAAAUUGUGAUGGAACUGAAUACGAGUCGACUGCCAAUCACUUUGAUCUUCGUUAUGUUCCUGAAGAUAUGACAUUUGAUGAUGCUCCCAGAGACGAGUGCACGAAGGUUCCGUCCAAUUACAAGCCUAACUCAUUUACCACCGAUGCGUUGCAGCACUCCAAGGUGAAACUCACAUGGGACGAGACUCCUGCGGAACGUCUUGCAAUGGCUUCCAGAGCAUUCUCGCAGAAGGAGAUUGAUGACAUGGACUUCAAAGCUUAUCUGGCCUCUGACUCUGAGGAGAGUGACAAGGAGGCUGUCAGCAAGUACAAAAGCCUCGUUUCCGAGGUGUUAGAGAAGAAGGAUGAGAACGAUGUUGACAUGGAGAUAACUUUCACCCCAGGCCUAGCGGGACAGGAGGAAGAGAAAGAGAACGAGGAAACAACGAUAGACAAAAUUAAGAGAAAAGAGAAAGAGAGACGGAAGAAACGCAAGGAAAAGUUGAAGGAACUGAAGAAGGCAGCGGAAGAGGAAAAGAAGGAACGCAAGAAGGCUGGCAAAGCUCAGAAACAAGACUUGGACGAAAAGAAAAAGGCCGAAUUGGAACUGCUAAUGAUGGAUGAGGACAAGGGACCUGAACAUGAACAUUUCGACAUGAAGCAAAUGUUGAAGGAGGAGAAGAAGAAGCGCAAGGACAAAAAGAACAAGAGCAGCGCCAAGCAAUCGGAGGAGACUGCCAAUUCAGUUGACAUUGAUGACAACGACGACCGUUUCAACGAGAUCUUCGAGGACCAUGCCUUUGCCAUUGAUCCAACGCACUCUGAGUUCAAGCGCACUGCUACCAUGGAGAAGCUGAUGAAGAAGCGCAAGGCUAAGGAGCCUCGAGAAAAGAACGAGAAGUUGGGAGACCUGGUUCAGAAAAUCAAGCGUCGUAAAUAG